CGUUCGCUGCCUGCCGCUGUGAGAGCCAGGGAGUUUCGUCGGAGUUGGUUACACAGGUUUCCGGUGACGGAAAUCCAGUAACUCGGUGGGGUUUUUUUUUUUUUUUUUUAAUUAAUAUUGGUAACUGGCCGGACGGCAGAUCGCUGAGGCGGAGAAGCUCUCUCUCCGGAAGAGCCAAGAUGCUGAAUAUGUGGAAAGUGAGGGAGCUGGUGGAUAAAGCCACCAAUGUGGUUAUGAACUAUUCGGAGAUUGAAUCCAAGGUUCGAGAAGCCACCAACGAUGACCCCUGGGGUCCCUCUGGACAGCUGAUGGGGGAGAUCGCUAGAUCCACCUUCAUGUACGAGCAGUUCCCAGAAGUGAUGAACAUGCUAUGGACUAGGAUGCUGAAGGACAACAAGAAGAACUGGAGGAGAGUUUACAAGGCUUUGCUUCUGCUGGCGUACCUCAUCAGAAACGGGUCCGAACGCGUCGUCACAAGCGCCAGAGAGCACAUCUAUGACCUGCGCUCAGUUGAAAACUACCACUUUGUAGAUGAGAAUGGCAAAGACCAGGGCAUCAACGUGCGGCAGAAGGUGAAGGAGAUAGUCGAGUUUGUGCAGGAUGAUGACCGCCUACGGGAAGAGAGGAAGAAGGCGAAAAAGAACAAGGACAAAUACAUUGGCGUGUCUUCCGACAGCAUGGGCGGCUACAGAUACAGAGACCAGUAUGAUUCAGAGCCCCGGUCUAAGUGGGAUGAGGACUGGGACAGGGGAAAGGGGUCCUUCCCCUUCAGUGAGAAGCUGGGUGAGAUCAGCGACAAGAUCGGCAGCACCAUUGAUGACACCAUCAAUAAGUUCCGCAAGAAGGACCGGGACGACUCACCCGAUCACUUCAGCGACAAUGAGGACGAGCAGGAUAGAGAAAGAGACCAAGACAGAGGAGCUCGUAACGGCCGGCCCAGUAAACCUGAGUUCAAAGACGAGGAGGAGACGGUGACGACCAAGAGCGUUCAGAUCAUGCAGUCCACGGAGACCACAGCCACGCGCAAGCGAGGAGCCAUCCCAUCCAAGACAGUGGAUCUGGGGGCUGCCGCACACUAUACAGGGGACAAGGGCAGCCCAAGCACUCGCAGUAACAAGGUCCAUACGACAGCCACAGAAACCAGUCAGCCUUCUGGUGGUGGACUGGUGGACCUGUUCAUGGUGGACACUGGGUCCAGUCAGACAGCAUCUGCAGGUUCAGAGCUCGUUGGCGGCUUUGCUGACUUUUCGUCUCCCGCAGCUUCGGCCAGCCUCCCAGCAGCAGCCGCCACGGUGCCCAGUGGGAGCAGCGACUUUGGGGACUGGAAUGCCUUCCCCAGCAGCCAGCCAGGGGCCCCCACAGGGACGGAUCUGUUUGCCGGCGUACAGCCCACCCCAGCAGCCGCCCCGGCGCCUGCUCCACUCUCCGCCGACCUCUUUGACUUGAUGGCGCCCUCCCAGCCCACCCUGAGCUCCUCACAAAGCAUGACUUUCACCAUGAGCAGUUCCCAGAGCAUGGGCACUAAUCCUGGGCUCACUGUGUCCAAAUCACAGCCUCUGCAGAACCUCAGCAGCCCCAUGCUGCCCCAGCAGGGCGGGGCCCAGAAGCCACCUGGUAAGGCCACGCUGCCUUCCACAUGGUCGGAUCCCAGCGUCAACAUCUGCCUCGACUUCCUGUCCCCGGGAUCCCAGCCACCCAAGCAGGCGCAGCCCAGCCUCAACACCAUGAUGCAGCAGCAAGGUGUCCAGCCACAGGUCGGCAUGGUUGCCCAGAGCUUUGCUGGAAUGAACCUGAACAUGCAGCCUACGCCCACCGUGGUCAGAGCGCCUGUGAACCCCAUGAUGCAGAGUGGGGGGGUGUCAAUGAGCAUGUCGCCCAAUGUGACGACAGGUAUGCUUGGAAUGGGCACCAUGGGCGUGACCCCUGGAGCAGGAAUGCCAGGCAGCCAAGGAAUGAUGGCAGUGAACAUGGGCAUGAACAUGGGAAUGAACAUGGGCAUGCCUGCUGCUGGAAUGGGCCUCCCGGGUACCAUGGGCAUGCCUGCCAUGGGUGUGGCUCACAUGAACCCUUCUAUCGUACCACCAAAACAAGAUGCCUUUGCCAACUUCACCAACUUUGGAAAAUGAAGUGUGGGAGAGAGAAAAGGGGAGAGGCUGUAUGAGGGUAGGGAGUGGUUGAUCUGACCGUCCGACUAUGAAGGACCCUAUGAGCUGCAGACAAAGAAACGCCAACGCCACGAACCCUCCGCUUCCUGGACCUCAUAGACGCGCAUCAGUCCAACCCAAGGAUCUCUUCUUUUGUUUUUUUAUGGAGAAGUGAAGUGUACCUGGGCUGACUGCUGUAUGGGGAAAUGAAUGAUGUAUUGAAAAUCUUGGCAUAUUGAGCUGUUCUCUCCAGUAAGGCAAUAUGGAAUAUUCAGAAAUGUCUGCAGGGGUUUGGCAGUACUAACCAAAAAAAAUGGCAAACUGUGGAACUGAAGGAAAACAAGAAAUUUCUUUUGUGCCCCACCCACAUCCAGCCCUGUUUCCUGUCACUUUACCUCACGCUGCCUGAGCUUCACACAUUUAGGAAAUGAAUCAUGAUCAAUUUGUAAAUACCUUCCCAUGUGCAGACAAAGUAAAUUAUUGCUUUAUUAAAUACAUCUUGAACAAUACGGUGGACUGGAGAGCAAACUUUUGAAGGAAAAGGUAAACCUUAAUUAUUAGUUUAUUUAAUUUUUUUUUUUUUUUGCGGGGGGGGUUGUCGUUGACUCGGUUCCGGCAGACCACUUUUCCUAUUUUGCCAUGUAUAAUCAAAAUAGUCUUUAUACUUGUUAUUCAGAUACUGCUCCCACAAGGGGUUUGUUAAUAUUAGAAAUUAACAUGUAAAGAGUGAGUGAGUGAAUGAAUGCAUAAAAACUGAAAGGCUGUUUUCACAACUAGCAACCUCUAUGGCCUUUCUGAAGGGUUUAUUUUUUUAACGCAAAAUAUGAUCAGAGUUUUACAUCCAAAUAUGAUUAUGAGUAGAGUUAGGAGCAGCUCUGCCUGGGGGCUGCGGUCUCACUGCAGCACAGGGUGCCUCAUGGCGAAUCCAUGGCCUUUUCCUCGAAGGAAACGACGUCCGUGAAGACUGACGGAACAACGCAGUAUUCAUCACGGGGCGCGCGAGGAGUUCCGGCGAAGUUCAUGGACACGUAACACGCAGACCCGGGCUGAAUAUGCAUUAUACACAGCGACAGAAAUGUGCACGUUCGUUCUCGCGCCUUUCUACUUGGUUAAACUGCAGGGCGGCUUCGGAUUGACAUUUUGUGGGGGCUUCGUUUCUUUCCUUUCCUGCUGCGUCUGGGGACUGGUUGCACACAGGGUUUGCUGGCGGUGUGUCCAUAAGCGGCGAAUGUGGAAAGCUACCGUACGUAGGUUCGGCUCGGGUGGUCUUCGUGCUGCCGCACGGUGCGUAUGCUUCGCACACCACGUACUGCUGUAUGGUCAGCUGAGGGAUUAUGGGGAAUUUUUUUUAUUUUAUUACUGUUCUUUAAUCAGAUCAGAUUACAUCACAUAGUAGCCUUCCAUGAAAUCCUCGGGCAUUAUGUUAUAAAUGACCAAAUCUUACUUUAUUAUCUUUUUUAAGAAUACUUCUUUUCCUGAAGGGGUGUGGUUAUUUUGUUUCAGUACUUGUAUUUGAAUCAAAAAAAUCUGUAUGAUCAAUUAAAAUCCAUGGUGUGUACUGUAGGAAAGGGAUCGUUACUAAAAACACUAUUAGAUUAUGCAAAUUGUAAAAGAAACAAAUGCCUCUCCUACAAAAAGGAAAUCUUUCAACCCAUUAAGCCUGUGUUGAUUGUACUCAUAAUGAUCUUUUAUGUUUAACAU